AUGGAUGAAGAAAAGGCAGGGCCAUCACGACCUAGGCAGACGUCGCGUACAUUGUACCCGGAUCUGCAUUCAGCACAUGCACAAAUUCUGGGCCGGCGGACCAUGAGCGUCUCCCUCGCAACUCCUAGUCGAGGUGAAACACGCUUCCCUCUGAGUCCUGCGAGCUCUGCAGGUGAGGAUGAAAUCGGGUCUUUGGUGGCUGGGCAUGAUGACAUCCCACUUCAGGACAUGUCUUGCCACCGAGUGAAUUCAGCGCAUGGACUUCUGCAAGAAGCAGACCAUCAUCAGGAGUCCAGCGCUAUCUUUGAGACGUCCGAUAUUGCCAAUGAUUCUGGACAUUCUGGACAGUCCGAGGAUAGACUCUCUGCUACACUCGACGAUAUCGUUUCCCAAUAUGCCGUCGCACCUACUGGUGACUUGAGUGUACCUUCCACUGUGUCAGAUAAUGCCAGUCAAAGCUCCCAUGACUCAGGGCUCCAUCGACCCAAUCACACAACCGAAGACGACUAUGCUUACCAUGGCAAUCCAGGAACAUUCCCUGGCCGAAACGCUCGUGAUGCUUACACCGAUAGCUUGUUGUGUCUAAAAUCGCAGGCGAGUCUCACUCAGUCUCUGGGUGAUGUUGAAGACCUUGAAAGGCAGGAUGAAGAAUGGGAGACAUCGCCCGAGAGCAGCCCAAGUGGAUUGUUGACUCCUUCCAGACUCCGGUCCCAUAUUCCACAGAGAGACACGCUAGCCACUGCAGAGUCCACCUUUGCUGACAAAAGCCCUGCAACACCUUGGGAUCCUCUCACAUCGCGAAAACAGCGCACCCGCCAAACCGAUCUUCCUACCGACAGAGUCCCUCAGUUACUGGACCAAGAACCAUAUCCACUUUCACAUGAUCAAACACAUCAUACUCGCGUGCUUCGAGAACAACAAAAGGCGUCGCGGAACAUGUCCAAACAAGGAUCAACCAGAUUGAUGAUGAGCCGCACUGCCCGUGCUACUCACGGUCUUGAGCAGUGCCAGCAGCCUCGCCCAGUGCAGUCUCUGUCCAGCCCGAACCCUUCGGCGACAGCCUCUUCUGCCCAGCUCACCUUUCAACGACCUUCAGGAGUUGCAUCGAGCUCUUUGUUCCCUCGAGAUACAGCAAGUGCUCUUGCUUCCAGCUCCUUGUUUCCUCCAGCCUUGGGCAUUCUUCCAGAUUUCGAACGGAGCACUCAUGAGAAUCGCCUCUCGAUUUCAGCUUUACCGAGCACUUCAGCUGAAGCAGUCCAACGUAUCUUUGAUGGGCCUUUCAGCGCCGCCGCCUCCUCCACCUCUUUUUUGAUCCCGACGGCAAGCAAUCACUGCCCAACUUUCCCGCUAACUGCGGAGCGGCUCGGCGUGCCCCGGGUGCCCGAAAGCCUCCGGCUGCGGGUGCCCGGGGGGUGGUUGGAGAAGGCGUGGUGUUCUGUCCACGACAGAACCGAGUUCAGUCAUGCCGCCCUGGUCAACGGCGCCGCUGGCGUCAAGGCUCGCUCCGUCGACAUCCAGCGCCAGGCUGGAAAGGUGCUGUUGGUGGUCUGCAUGGCCACAUUCGUGGUCGGUGGGUUCGUGUUGGCCCAUGACAUGGGCAAAGGGGGCGCCUUGUCCAGUGGGGCAAUGGCGGAGUUGACGAGGUGGCUCUCGGGGCGGGAGGACGGUGUUGUCGCCCAAGUCCACCCAGUGGACGCUCAACUGGCCCGAGCAGUUGAGCGGGUGGGCUUGUUGGUGGUUGUGGUUGGGUUGCUGGCGUGUGUUGGUGUUUUGGUCUGGGCCGCCGCCACCAUGUGA